UUUCCUGUAGGGUCUCCCUGACUGUGCCGAGAUGGUAAACCCGAAGCAAACCGGUAACAGGACCGAAGCGAGUCGAUGAGACGCCAACCGACGCCGGUAAACGAGGGUUAAAGCGACUGAAAUCAAAGUCACGCUGUGGAUUCAGGAGAGAUUAUCAAGCUAUCAGCUUCAGAUCCGAGUGUUUUUUCGUUGUUUAUAAGAGACCGGACACUUUAGAAGAGCCAUUGCGGAUGGUUCAAGGCUGCUGAUAAAUAUUCUUUUGAGUUUUUGAGUUUCCGGUUGCAGUUUUAUAUCUCCGACAUAGGGUUGACUACAUUUUGUUAAGUCAGUGCCUUGUAGUAGACCGACACCGGUAAGUUACUGGCCGGUGAAGCCCCGACCAGGGCAGAACCCCCGAGCGGCCCGCUUCAACGUACGUGGCAAAAGCCGGGAGUGUAGGUCUUUAUACGGAUCCAUAAGUGAGGAUAGUCAGUGGUUUUAAAGAAACACCCUUCAACCGGUAUUUGAUCUCCUGGAGCCGGCUAGAAUCCGGACAGAGACCUCAUGAAUGGAAAUCGGAACUACAGGAGCCGUUGGGGAUGCGCCCCUGUUCUCCGUCCCUCGAAGGCCGGGCUAUGGCACCAUGGGGAAACCCAUCAAGCUGCUGGCCAACUGCUUUCAGGUGGACAUCCCCAAGAUGGACGUCUACCUGUAUGACGUGGACAUCAAGCCAGAAAAAUGCCCACGGCGUGUUAACAGAGAGGUGGUGGAUACAAUGGUGCAGCACUUUAAGGUGACAAUCUUCGGGGACAGAAGACCGGUCUAUGAUGGCAAAAAAAGCCUAUACACCGCCCAACCAUUACCAGUGGCCACAGGAGGGGUGGACCUGGAUGUGACCCUGCCGGGUGAAGGUGGAAAGGACAGACUGUUUAAGGUGUGCAUUAAGUUUGUGUCGUUGGUCAGCUGGCACAUGCUGCAUGAGGUUCUUACUGGACGGAGUAUGCCAGAACCUUCAGUGCUGGAUAAACCAAUUAGCACCAAUCCCGUACACGCUGUGGAUGUGGUUCUCCGCCAUCUGCCCUCUAUGAGGUACACCCCAGUGGGACGGUCUUUCUUCUCCUCCCCUGAGGGCUAUGAUCACCCACUGGGUGGGGGGAGGGAGGUGUGGUUUGGAUUCCACCAAUCAGUGCGACCCGCCAUGUGGAAGAUGAUGUUGAACAUUGACGUUUCUGCCACUGCGUUUUACAAAGCCCAGCAGGUGAUUCAGUUCAUGUGUGAGGUUCUGGAUAUCCACAAUAUCGACGAGCAGCCCCGUCCCCUCACCGAUUCCCACAGAGUCAAGUUCACCAAAGAGAUCAAAGGUUUGAAGGUUGAGGUCACCCACUGUGGCACCAUGCGAAGGAAAUACAGGGUGUGUAAUGUUACCCGCCGACCAGCCACCCACCAGACGUUUCCUCUACAGCUGGAGAACGGUCAGACGGUGGAGAGAACAGUGGCCCAAUAUUUCAGGGAAAAGUACAACCUACAGCUCAAGUACCCCCAUCUGCCCUGUCUGCAAGUGGGACAGGAACAAAAACACACCUACCUGCCUCUGGAAGUGUGUAACAUUGUGGCAGGCCAACGCUGCAUUAAAAAAUUAACAGACAACCAAACCUCCACCAUGAUUAAGGCCACAGCCCGCUCGGCCCCAGACAGACAGGAAGAGAUCAGCAGACUGGUUCGCAGUGCCAACUACAACCUGGACCCCUUUGUGCAGGAGUUUCAGUUCCGCGUUCGGGACGAGAUGGCGGAGGUGACGGGUCGCGUCCUGCCCGCCCCCAUGCUGCAGUACGGCGGCAGGGUGAGCUCUGAACACUUCAUGAAUCGCACAGUAGCCACCCCGAGUCACGGGGUUUGGGACAUGAGAGGCAAGCAGUUUCACACUGGAGUUGAGAUCAAGAUGUGGGCCAUCGCCUGUUUCGCCACUCAGAGACAAUGCCGUGAAGAAGUUCUCAAGGGCUUUACAGACCAGCUGCGUAAGAUCUCGAAGGAUGCUGGGAUGCCCAUACAAGGCCAGCCAUGUUUCUGCAAAUACGCUCAGGGAGCAGAUAACGUGGAACCGAUGUUUCGUCACCUGAAGAACACCUACGCUGGCCUUCAGCUUAUCAUCGUCAUACUGCCCGGAAAAACCCCCGUUUAUGCGGAAGUGAAGCGUGUUGGAGACACUCUGUUGGGAAUGGCCACUCAGUGUGUGCAGGUAAAAAACGUGGUGAAGACGUCUCCCCAGACCCUCUCCAACCUCUGCCUCAAAAUCAACGUCAAGCUGGGUGGCAUCAACAACAUACUGGUUCCACAUCAACGCCCAUCUGUUUUCCAGCAGCCAGUCAUCUUUUUGGGAGCUGAUGUCACUCAUCCACCUGCAGGAGAUGGGAAGAAACCCUCAAUUGCAGCUGUGGUUGGCAGUAUGGACGCUCACCCCAGCAGGUACUGCGCUACAGUCCGUGUUCAGAGGCCGAGGCAGGAGGUCAUACAGGACCUGGCAUCCAUGGUGCGAGAGCUGCUUAUUCAGUUCUACAAGUCCACCCACUACAAACCUACAAGAAUCAUUUUCUACAGGGAUGGAGUAUCUGAGGGACAGUUCAGACAAGUUCUGUACUACGAGUUGCUGGCCAUUCGUGAAGCCUGUAUCAGUCUUGAGAAGGAAUAUCAACCCGGCAUCACCUACAUUGUCGUCCAGAAACGCCACCACACACGGCUCUUCUGCGCCGACCGCACUGAAAGGGUGGGCCGAAGUGGAAACAUUCCAGCUGGUACCACAGUGGACACUGACAUCACCCAUCCUUAUGAAUUUGACUUUUAUCUUUGCAGUCACGCUGGAAUACAGGGUACAAGCCGACCUUCACACUACCAUGUGCUGUGGGACGACAACUGCUUUACAGCCGACGAGUUCCAGCUUUUGACCUACCAGCUGUGCCACACAUACGUCCGCUGCACUCGGUCCGUAUCCAUCCCAGCACCAGCCUACUAUGCCCAUCUUGUAGCCUUCAGAGCCCGCUACCAUUUGGUGGACAAAGAGCAUGACAGCGCUGAAGGUAGCCACGUGUCAGGCCAAAGCAACGGCCGUGACCCCCAGGCCCUGGCCAAAGCCGUACAGAUCCAUCACGACACACUGAGGACCAUGUACUUCGCUUAGCCCCGCCCUUUUUAUGUUUUCGACCUGUUAUCAUGCACUUAGGUGGGGAGGGCUUCUCCAUAUCACAGGCUGCUAAAGCGAACCAAAUGUAACCGAACUUACAGGAGGACAACAGCACUGUUAUGCAAUAGAAAACGGCCAAUCUUUUCACUGCUGCUUCGCUCGAGGAUUUUUGGUCCGUUUAUGAUGUAGAUUUAGCAGCUAUACCAUUAUUUAUUAGAUUCGUAGAACUGUUCAUUUAACAUGUAUAGGUCACAAAACCAAGCGUAAAGGUUUGCUCGAUCAACUAUUUGUGAAUCAGCAAAUAAUGCAGUGUUAUUUAUUUGGCAAAGGUGCGUAGAUUUCUGCACAUAACUGCUCUAGCUUGAGUCAAUGUGUUGAAGCACAACUGAAACUAAUCUUGGAGCGCCUGGUUUAUGCAUUUUAUUAUGUCUUAUGUAGAAAUAUGUUGGAGGAAUGCCACUAGAGGAACUCCACGUGCUUUUAAACAUUGGCAAAAAGCAGCAAAACUGGUUUCAGCAUGAAAGCAAGUAACUUUACUUCGCUAAGCCUAAAGACAAACUCUUCCUGGAAUGUCAUUCCAUUCCACGUCAGACACGUCUGUUCCUUUGCAUCUCAUUUACAUCUCAAGUUUCCAUGUCUUAUUUGCUUAUCGAACAUUGGAGAGUUAUUGAGCCUCACCUUUCCAUCCAAUUCCACAGUCUUUUUUUGAAGGAUUAUGUGUGUUACGUACACCUCUGUAAUAUAUUAACUUUCUGCUCCAUGCGCUGCAUGGAAAAUACUUCACCUUCCGUCUAAACUGUUGCUUCCGCGCCGUUCCUCUUGCCGUUCUCCUCGGCUCACUCAUUAAGCGGGUGACAGAUUAGCUAAGGGCUGCAGCUUCAUCAAAAGGGGAACUUUGAACUUAAUUGAAACACAAGGUUGGUGAAAAAUUUCCAUGUAGUAGUCGACUGUACGUUUAUGUGUGUGCGUUGAAUCCUGGGUGCCUCGUUGUGUCCUUACGCACCUGCGGCGGAAGCUUUGAAAUGGGACGGUGCGUGACCAUAGCAAACUUGUAUGAAUAUGUAGGCCUACGCACGUAUAAUUCCACCCAAGGCGACUCGGAGGCCUACGAUAUUGAUAAAAAACACUUUACGGCUGUCGGACAUUUCACAUUUCUCUUUGGUUAUUUAUAAUUUUGAGCUUACAUUGUCAGUACGCAUCUGUAAAUUAUGUAUUUAAGUUAUUAUCAGGUGUCUUUCCUGUUUUACCCCUGUGAACUCUGACAAACACUGUCCCAUAAGCCUUUUAGUGCAAUAAGCCAAUUAUUGAAGGCUCUGUUGUAGACUUUCAUUAUAUGAUGCAAACCGUACCUUAUAAUCGAAUGCUUUACUUUUAAAAACUCACUUUUUUUCAUGAACUUGAAUGCCACGGAUAUGGGAAUUUUAUCAAAAAGCCAACUGAUGUAUUUUAAGGUUGUUGGGUGUGUGGUGGGGGGUGUUUUCAUUUUAGGGUUAAGUUUACAAAGAUGAUCGUUACAGGACUCUCGUAAAGCUUUGUCAUCUUAAGAUCGAAACUUACCAUUCGUAUAAAAAGUAAAAUAAAGUGCCUGUUUUGUAGGAAAUGUCCCUAAAUUCAAUUUCGCUGGGGUAUGUUUUAAAUAUAUAAAGUAUGAGUGGCAUGUACAUAAUGUCUGAUAGAAAUUUAGCUAUUUGGACUAUUGUUAAUGUUUAUUCAGCAACCAUUGAAUCAGUGAACUUAUAUAACAGAAAGUCCCAGUCGCGACUCUCCCCAGUUAACUUUUUGUAUUUUUUAUUUAAAAUUUUAACCCUUUCUAUUUCAUAGGCCCUUGUAUUAAACUACAUUCCACACAGACCAAACCAAUGUGCCUCCAAAAUCAGGGUUAGGAGAGGUUAUUUAGAUUGUAGCGGUGUGGGGUAUAUUUAUUAACUCCGUGACCUCUCGCACUCUUUUACAUCGCCCUUACUGUGAAUGGCACUGUGGUCUUUCUGCUUUGUAUCAGUAAAUACGUGUUGACCGGUGUAGCUGCUAUUUUGCAUAACACUUAUAUUUGGAGAGAUCGCAAGAGAGGUCCUGUGAAAAACGACUGACAAAUAUAUUGCUGCACUUCAUUGUUUAAAAAGCUGUAUGGUCUUAGAUUGGGUGAAACGCCCAAGGUGCUAAAGAGUGAGAUGCUGUAAUAAGGGUGAUCUCUGCCACACUAAUAUCUCAGCUGUUCGUUUACUGCGAAAACUUGUUAAAUUGUGUGUGAUUAAUGAAUUUUUACAGAGUAAACACUUAAAAUUUGAGCUUUGGAGCGCUUUCGUGUGUUUCGUUUUGUUCGGUUAGCUUGAAAAUGUUCCGAAAUUAGAAACACAUUUUGGCCUUUAAUUUUUACGUUUAAUCAAAUUGCUUGCGCAUUUUAUUACAUUUUAAAUUUUGGCUACACUUUAACUUAUCAAAUUAGGUUAAGCAAAAAAAAAGGUUUAAAAGAAGUUGAAAUUGCUCAACUUAAUCUAAAAGUUAAAGUUUAGCCAAUAUUUAAAACACUACGUUAAAAUGAAUUUUUACUUUACGACUUUUAUUUUUUAUAAA